UCCCUCUUUAAAUCAUUCAGGUUUUAGUAUUUAUACUGACCACUUGAGCAUAAGAAAAAAUAAAUUUUUAAAAAUGGAAAAACUAAUAUUAGCUGUCCUUGUUGCACUCGUGAUGGUGUCACAGAUUGAUGCGAAGACAUUUACAAGAUGCGAAUUGGUUCAAGCACUUAGACGCCAAGGUUUUGAUGAGGCAAAAUUGAGAGACUGGGUGUGCCUCGUUGAGAACGAGAGCCGUGGCAGAACGGAUAUAGUCGGCAAGCCGAAUAAGAACGGAUCCAGGGACUAUGGUUUAUUCCAGAUAAAUGACAAGUACUGGUGCAGCAACACCUCUAAAGCUGGCAAGGAUUGUAAUAUUACCUGUUCCCAACUCUUGACCGACGAUAUAACAGUUGCCUCUAAAUGCGCCAAGAAGGUAUACAAGCGUCAUAAUUUUAUGGCGUGGUAUGGAUGGCGCAACCACUGCCAAAAUAAGCCACUGCCAGACAUCAGCAAAUGUUAAUCCCUAGAAGUUAUAUACAUAUUAAUAAUAAAAAUAAAAAGAGAUGCAUAUUAA